AUGAUUGGCAGUGUCUUUUUCAUCUUCAACCGCCUGGUUGAGAUCGUCUUUCUGAUCCCAAUCAUUGGCAUGAUGGCUUACUUUGUCAACGGAUACCUCAAAGCCAACGAACUUACCCCAGCCUACAUCCUGGUCCUCUUCAUCGUCAGCGUCAUCGCCAUCUUCUGGGCAGUAGACACCCUAAUCCGAUUCUCCACCACCAAGCGCUCCGCCAUCUUCGUCGCCUUCAUCGACCUGUGCUUCUUCGGCGCGUUCAUCGCCGGUGUCUAUCAGCUCCGCUUUAUCGCGAACGCCGAUUGCGCCAGCUGGCAUGGCGGCUCGGUCUGGGUCUCCCUGGGUCCGUUCGGGUCUUACGGUCAAAGGACGAAUAACCCGCUUUCGCUGGAUGUGAACAAGACCUGUGCUAUGCUCAAGGCGUCCUUUGCAAUUGGUAUCAUGGAGGUUGUGUUCUUCUUCUGGACGGCUUGUCUGGCGAUGUUCCUGCAUCAUUCGCAUCGCGACGUUGUUGUGAAGGAGACUGUUGUCCGUCGGCGGAGCCAUAGUUCUCGUCGGGGCCAUGGGUCUGGUUCGCAUCACUCUCGCCAUCGCAGCUCCAGUCGCAGGCCUUCGCACUAUGUUGUUUGA